AUGUCAGGAAGAAGAAUCCGAAAGCAACAUACUGGCAGAAGGGAUGUUGACAUCAAAACCAUUCGGGAGUACUGUCGUGUGAUUAAAGCUGGUCGGUCGAAGGAAGUAUAUGCGCUUUACAAGAAGAAAUUCAAUGGAGAUACUCUGAGUUCGUCGACUUUGGCAACAUGGAAGAAAAACAUGGACAAAUACUUGAAUUGUGAUAAGAAAAAAGGAUGCAGACCUUCGUACAAGCAGGAAGAAAUCAAAGAGAUAUUCGACAGUGAAUUAUUCAAAAAAAUCGAAGAACUUGAUUAUGAUUUGGAGGGAUACGUUGGUUUGAAAGAAAUGGCAGAAAAGCUUGCAGCUACUGAUCAAUACAAAGACGAGCCCUGUAUACAAUCGAUGACUUUUUCGUUCUCUUACUGCGAACGAAUUGUGAAAAAAUACAACAUGAUGGUCACUACAAGCACGAAGAUGCGGAUGUGGAAGGGCUCGCAGUCGACGCGGAAAAUCAAGCAUGAGGGCGGCGAGGUCCUGUGCAAAGUAUUCGACGAGGCCGUUGUGUACAGCAAUGCGCGGGGCUGGAUGACUCGAAAAAUUUUCCAGGAGGAGAUUAAAAGGUUCUCUAGGCACCUAUCCCGCACCAAGCCCGGCACCAAGAACCUUCUCCUCCUGGACAAUUUUUCGGGUCAUCUUAUUGACCCCGUCGCACUUAGCGUGCACAACGUCCACGUCGAAUACUUUAAGCCGGGCUGCACAGGCCAGUACCAGCCCUUGGACAUGCUCUUCUUUGCUGCCCUUAAAAAUCAGUAUCGAAUUUUCUUAAGAAAAUUUCGACAAGGGCAGCAGAAGAGCAGUCCGGGGCUGGAGCUGUCUGUAAAGACCGUCGCCCGGCUUGGUUCCGAGAUGAAGCCCGGCAUCGUCAGGGCUUGUUGGCGAAAGACUGGUCUCACCAGAUUCGCACAGCUUCAGGGCGAGACGAUUGACAAUGAAGAAGAGGAGAUGAACCGGCAUUCAAUCGAGAAGAUCGAAGAAGAACUCGCCCAGCUUCAGCUUCAAGACGACGAUGAAGAUGAUGAUGUCGAGGUCGAGGAGAUUGCUGAACAACCAUGGUUUUUCACCUAUUGUGGUGGAACUCAUCGGUAUUAUGGAAAACAUUUCGGCAGACAUUUCAAAGCAUCAUUUCUCGGUCCGACUUCAAAGUCUAAAUUGCCAAAAAAGAGCGAUAGUCAACCAUCUGCUGCGUCAUUCGCGAUGAAGAAAUACAUUCCAACUCUGUCUGAUACAGAUGUCGAAAACAUCCGAAAAUGUCAAGCAAGACUCGUUUCGAAAGAAUGCGUCCCUCUCAGAAGAUUCAUGAUGUCCGAAAUGCAAGAUUUAUUCCGAGAAAUCGUGCGCGCAGUGGCGCCAGAAAAUACUCACGAGGACAUUAUUGACAAUAUUGUCUCGAAAAUCAGCACUCACCGUGACACACUCAAACAAUGUGCCGAAGCAGAUGCGAAAGACCUCGAAAAAAUGAUUGCUUCAAAGGCAGAACGUAUCGCGAGAUCGGGCUCGGCAUGUCUAAUGGUCGACCAUCAAAGCCUUAAAAAUAAAGGUUCCGAUACUCAGAAUAAACGUCUUGGCUUGAUUCUAUGCAUAACAGAUGAAUUCCUCAACGUUUAUAAAUCCUUGCUCACCUAUCUGCCGAUUGGAUCGUCCGCAAUGGAAGCGAACCUUGAACCAGUCAAGUCAAUUUUGGCCAAAUAUGGAAUCCUGGAAUAUGUUGAGAAAGGGUUGAUAUGUAUAGUGGCGGAUUUCGCCGCGCAGAACCUAUGUCGGGCGCUAACUUGGAACCAUAAUGGAUGCUGCGCGCAUUCUACAAUGAAUCUGCUCAAUCGAACGUUUACUCUUUUCCUCAGCGAAAAAUCAUCUGACGAAUUUUUGAAGGCGAAAAAUAUUUUCUUGAUCGCGGAUCAAAAACACGAUAACAUAACGUCUGCUCAAUACCCAACUCUCAAUUCAUACCUACGAAGAACAGCAAUUAGUGAAGAAGCAAGGCGGAAACAAGUCGAGCUCAAUUACGAGCUUGAUUACGAGGCGGACAAAGAUGAAAAUGGCGAGUUAGACGAAGACGACGAUAUUUCGCAACGAUACCAGUACUAUCCAUCUCUUCCAAAGGAUUUUUAG